AUGCCGUAUCCGGUUCCGACGUCCAAACAGUAUGCGUCGAAUGCCGUAUUCAUCGUUCAGAUUGCCUUGUGGGCAAUGCUUUUCCUGGGAGACGCCAUCUGUGAGGCGAUGAAGGACAUCGCCACGUUCCAACAUGCUCGUGUCGUGACAAAUGGCGAAAGGAACAAGAUGAUGUCGUUUAUGGCGGUUUGGCUCGCAGACCCCUCAGUUCCAGCAUUGGGCGGCCCAGGCCCCAUGGUGGUGACCUUUGCUUGCAAAGGUUGGGAACAUGGUGUCGGCCCAGCUGCUCAACACCGGAGCGUUUGCCUGGACCUGAGCUGGGCCCAUUUGUCCUUGCCAAGCGCGUUUCGGCUUCGCUUUCUGACGCAGCACAUGUACAACGCCCGGCAACAAGACAGGGGUCUCUAG